CAGAUUUGCCAAAUGGAGGGUGAGGGAGAGCUUUGUACGCGUCUCUGUGUGUGUGGAGUAAAGGUGGUCUAGAUUUUUUCUCUCUCUGGUUGCACAUUUGGUAAAACUGAUUUUAUGUUUGCCUGCAUUAAAGUCCCUGGCCACUAGGAGCGCCACCUCUGGAUGAGUGUCUUCCUGUUUGCUUAUGGCCCUAUACAGCUCAUUGAGUGCGGUCUUAGUGCCAGCAUCAGUCUGUGGUGGUAUGUAGACAGCUACGAAAACUACAGAUGAAAACUCUCUAGGUAGAUAGCUUGGUCUACAGCUUAUCAUGAGAUACUUUACCUCAGGCGAGCAGAACCUCGACUUCCUUAGAUAUCGUUCACCAGCUGUUGUUUACAAAUAUACAUAGACAGCCACCCCUUGUCUAACCAGAGGCUGCUGUUCUGUCAUGCAGAUACAGUGUAUAACCUGCCAGCCUGCCUAGGAUAUAUGUGCUUUUAGUUCGUCCAAUUUAUUAUCCAGUGAUUGUAUGCUGGCCAAUGGAACGGAUGGCAAAGGCAGAUUAGCCACUUGUCAGUGGAUCCUCACAAGGCACCCCAUCUCUUUCCGCGAUGGUGCUGUCCUCGUGCCUUAUUGUUUAAUCACUCCACGUUGGGUCAUGUCAAGAACAGCCCUUAGCACCGAACCCCGUCAUGCCUUAUUGCUUAUUCAGAGCAGUCAAAUUAGUUCGAUCAUCCACUGAUAGAAAAUUAUCUGGGCAGUUUAAUAAGGGUAAAUUAUCUUUUCUCUUGCGACAUAAUCAAAUUAGUCUAUUAAGUCAUGUCUUAGUUCGCAAUAAUUAUUAUUUUGAUGUAAACCAAAUUUUGCGUUACAAGUUACGUCGGUAAUUACAAGUUACGAUAUUCCUUCUUUAUUGGCUCGGUAAAAUUAUGGGAUAAUUGUUUAUUGUAUAAAUGUGGCAACUCCUCUCUUCCCGUGGAAAAAAAAUAUGUUUAUUUUUAGUCCUUUUGUGCUGGUUUUGUACGGUCAAUGGGAUACAAAUGUUGUGGUCCUGGCAACCCUGCCUACAUCGGUGAACAGCGUAGUGGUGUGGAACCAACGUCUAUCGAAGGGGUGUCGGAUAAAAUAACUACACACGAAAAUAACACAACUACUAUACCUCAGUUUCGGUGGUAAACCAUUUUAAGUGCUUUCCUCCUGGGAAUACCUGCUCUCACACAGAAUGGACACAUGUAGGCAGCAUUGUUUCCCAAGUGAUCAUUAGUCCCAGGCCAGUCAGGAGGUAAGGCCCAGAGAGGUGCCCCAGUCAGGAGGUAAGGCCUAGAGAGGUGUCUUUCCCCUUAGUCAGUCAGUAUGGCCCAGGCGGAGGCCCAGCCCAGUGGGGAUAACAGCCCCCAGCUCAUCUCCCUCCAGUCGGAGAGGUCAGAGGCAUCAGGGAAUCACGCAGAGGUGGGCUCCGCCAACCGGAGGAAGAGGAGAAGGAAGGAGCCCAGACCUGAGUCCAUCAUUGUGUAUCGCUCAGACAAUGAGAGGGGGCCCGGGGAGGAGCAGGUGGGAGAGGAGGGAGGUGCUGAGAGGAGCACCGAGGAGGGGGCCAAGUUCCUCAACACACCCACCGGCGAAGGAGGCUGGAGCGACAGGAGCAUGCCCCCAGACAGCCGUUAUGUGACCUUGACCGGCACCAUCACCAGGGGGAAGAAGAAGGGUCAGGUGGUAGACAUCCACGUUACUCUAACAGAGAGAGAACUCCGGGACAUGGCCCUCUCUAAAGAACGUCUGGACGCCGAGUGUGAGAGGGGGCAGGGCUCCAAGUGUUCCUGUGGCUUGGGGUUCUUUCAGGGCCCCCAUGUGAUCCUCUGGAGCCUAUUGUGUGCUCCCCUGGUGUUCCUUGUCGCCUUCAUCACAUCGUUUUACUAUGGAACGCUCACCUGGUACAACGUGUUCCUGGUCUACAACGAGGAGAGAACAUUCUGGCACAAGAUUACCAUCUGCCCCUUCCUCAUCAUCUUCUACCCCAUGCUGAUCAUGCCCAUGGCCCUGUCCCUGGCUCUGUACUCCACCCUGGCGCAGGUCUCCUGGGUCUUUAGUGAGUGGUGGCUGUCUGUCCGCGACCUGGAGAAGGGGUUUUGUGGCUGGGCCUGUGGGAAGCUGGGGCUGGAGGACUGUUCUCCAUAUAGUAUCGUGGAGCUGCUGGACUCUGACAACUUCUCAGGAAGCAUGCAAGGGAAUAACAAGGCCCCCGGCGAGGAUGCUCAGACGUCCUCUGUGUGAGACUGGGUUGUAUUCACUAGGAAGCAAACGGGUCGAAAACAGGUUAGAACGACCUGAACUUAUCCGUUAAUAAGAAACACUUUUUGCAAUGGUGUACCCACUAAUGAAUAUAACCCUGGACUGGCAUCAUGGACACAAACACACAAACUGGCAUAGUUGUCAUACUUUCACAUUUUUCGAUACCAUCAAAAAAGCCGGUUAUUGUUUUUAACUUACACUUCUUACUAAUUUAUCUAACCUCGCAUUCUUACUGGUUGUUAUUGAAGUGAGCUCUGUGUUUACUGGGCCAAUCACCAUGUUGUUAUGUUUAAAAUGGUCUUAUUUAUUUGAAUAUUUCAACCACUAGCUAGUUUAGUUGUAAGUGUUGUCAACGGAUGUUUUGUAUCAUAGGACGGACGGGCUAUUCAAAUAUGUUUAAAUUAAAUAUACUGCAACAUGAGGGUCGCUACAAUACUGCCUAAAGUUUACUGUAGGGAGGAUCAAACACAAGACCUAUCUAUCAAACAUAUUGAUAGAUUUCUGUUGAAAAACUGUUGCACUGAAAUCCUCGAUAGGACGGGCAGGAAGUGACCUUUUAUAUCUAAUGUACUGUACCCGCAUGAAGUAAUACUUGACCUUUCUCUCUUUCGGGUUGAAGAGAUCACAUUUUAAACUGUGGCAGGGUGGAAGGAACUCUGGGGUGUUCAUUCAGCAGACAAGAAUGUAGAAUUAAGUUUUGAAGGAUCUAAAAAGGAUUUUGGUCAGUACCUCUGUUCUCUAUAUAAAGGUUCACCUGUGUGUGGUGUUCACUCACUCUUCACAUCAUGUUUGUUGCUCACCAUGAGAUAAAAUGUAUGGAAAUAAAACCUGAAUCAUUUUCACAGUUAAAAA